AUGAAGACCAAGAACCGCGUCUCCGGUAUAGUGACCACCGGCAUCGAACGGCACUCCGCCCAUCUAGUCCUGCUAGCCUGCGGCGGCUGGACGCCCUCCCUCCUCCCCGAGGCUGAGAAUCUCCUCGAGACGACAGGCGGGCGCGUCCUAAGCAUCCAACUUCCACCUAACCGAAAAGACCUCUGGGACAAGUACAGCGAAGAGAACUUCCCCGUCUGGUCCUGGAACAUGGGAUCCUACAAAGUGCCCGGCGAAUCCAUCGGUGGGAUCUACGGCAUGCCAAGGACGCCGGAGGGGGUGGUCAAGGUAGCGUUUCGUGGUGCGAAGUGGACUUCUUACACACGGCAUACUUCCACCGGCGAAGCACUAUCGUACCCAGAAACGGGCACUGAUCAGAUCCCUGCCGAAGCAAUGCGCGUCAUCAGAACCUUCGUCGCAGAGAAUAUGCCCGACCUCUUGGAGCUGGAUUUGUCGAAUUGUAGGCUGUGUUGGUAUACUGAUUCGGUGGAUAACAGUUUCCUAAUAGACUACGUCCCGGGAACCGAAGGGCUCGUCGUGGCGAGUGGUGGGAGUGGGCAUGGCUUUAAGUUCUUGCCUGUGCUGGGGGAGCAUAUUGUGGAUGUCAGAGAGGAGGGACACAGCUUAUACUAG